AUGCAGGGAUUGUACAAUAUGAAAAGGGUUUCUUAGGCUUCAGAUGUAGACCUUUGUCAGGUUAGGCUGUUCCUAUCAGAGGAAUCACCUUCACAAGCUGGGUUGGGCUCUCAAGAUCAUCUCCAAGCAAAGACAUCGUUGUUGUUGCAUUCAAUUGGAUCAGGGUCCGGUGAUAAUCCUCCUCUCAGUUUUGAAGGGGUUCAUCUUGCUAACCACUUGCAGAUUAAGUUGUCUCAGAUUCCUCUGGUCGAAUGGAGUUCUCCUCCUCGGUUUGUGCUGGAUGUCACUUGGCAAGUGGUUGCUGGGGAAGAAAGCAAAGAGAGUGAGGUUGAAAAUCAGAGGGAGAUGAGAGUACUUGAAGCUGUUUAUCCACGCCCCUCGGCCAUUCCUCCCAACUCCUCUGUUUUGGUGGAUGCAGAAGACUCGAGUCACAACAAUGAGCAAGCUUUUUUGAUACUUACUCCCAUUGAAGAUGAAGAUGUGACACUAGAUAUAUCUUUUGAUUCCAUGGCACCAUUUCCGGAUUCCUUAUGCCAACAUCCACUACCAUUUGCUCCUAGAAUUCCAUCUCCAUCCCCAUGUAGUUUACCUACUAUUGCAAACCCUUCUACCCAGACAACAGCUGCUGGAAUGGUCUUUGGUGGAGAACUUGAUGUACCUGAUGUUGCAGCAUCUGCAUUUGCCGCCUUUAAUGCAAUUGUGAAGAGCAAUGAGCAAGGAAGCUUGAUUGACCAUAACUUGUUCAUUAAAAUUCUAAGCAACCCAAAAAUGAUUGAGAAAUUGGUUACGGACUACGGACCGGCCACUAACACACAUGACGUAUUGAAGCCAAGGUCACCUCCAGUGUCUUCAUCAGAUCAACCUCCUGUUCACAUUGACCGGACAGUAACAUGUACAUCCUCAUCGGCUACCCUAUUGGCCAGUCUUUUCUACCAUUAGCCAAAUGGGGUUAGGGCGGGACCUCUGAAUCCACAACUUCCUCUGCCACCACUAGUCGUUCCAGUUUCCUCUCCACCCCUUGUUAGAGCUCCUCCAGCAAAGGACAUCAGCUACUAUAAGAGCUUGAUUCAACAACAUGGAGGAGAAAGACAGGAGGCCCCUCCACAAUAUGGUAAUCGUCUGAGUCACCAGUCAGGAGCAAACCAGGAAUUAGUAAGUAACCACAGAUCAAUAGAUAUGAGGCCCAAAAUAACGAAGCUUUGCAUAUACUUCAAUAGUUCAAGGGGAUGUCGACAUGGAGCCAACUGUUCAUAUUAACAUGAUGCAUCAUUCCAGCAAUGGGGUAGAGGCGUGCCGGAGGUGUAAAGUGCAAAUAGAAUGAAAGUGGAUAGGGAAAUCAGCAAUUAG